AUGGACGAACAAGAAGCUGUUUCACCACCCGCACUACUCAACUCAUCCAUUUCUCAGGUGGAAGCCAAAUGGGAUGAAACUCCGCAAAAUAUGAGGGAGCUGCCAGAAACCGAUCAAAUAUUUCGUUCAUUGAACACAUCAAAAAUGACAUUCACAUUAUCUCCAUUUGUGUCAAUCCACACAGAUAAAAUUGAGGAGGGUCUCAAAUUGAUUGGACCGUGUACUAUGUCCACAAUUUUGAGCAAAACUGAAGCUGAACUAACCCACGAAGAAAAAAUCAUCCGGUAUUUCUACAAAGAGUUUCUGCAACCAUUUAUCACAGUACAUUCAACACCUAAUGAGGAUGAGGAAAACGAUCCAUGGCUGGUAGAACCAUUCAAUCGCGGCGUGCAACAGAUAGAUGAUAGUAGCUUUGAGAUGAACACUGAUCUUCCAUAUACUUGUCGUGCUCCGUCGGCAAUUGGUGAAGAAGUUAUUGCCGAGUUGACAGUUUCCCCGGGUGGAGAUGUAUCUUUGGACACUGAGAUUCCCAGCGUCUACACUGAAGAACAAAUAGCGAAGAUAAUUGGACUGACUGGCAAAUCAAAUUCGGAUCCUACUAUGGGAAGCAGCUUUGUACCAUCGGAUAACACUUCAGGUGCCAUCCAAGAAGUAAAUCAACCUCACCAGAAAGUAUUGCAGGACAUAACGAACAAAACCGAGUCAUGUGUGGCACCUCGCCUGGUUGACUUUCUGAAGCUGCCACCAGCACCCCAUAGAAGCAGCAAACAUCGGAAUUAUAAGAAAAAGUUUUAUCCGGUUCUGACCGCAGACGAAAGAUUGGCAGAAAUUCGAAAAGUUGAAAAAGAAAAACAAGAAACUGAGCUUAAAAAGAAGGAAAGAGCUCUCCUUCGUCAGCAGGCAAGAACAAAACGAGAAGAACUUAAGAAAAGAAAGCAGGAAGAACGCGAAGAAAAGAAACAACUAAAAGAACUGCAAAAGAAAGCAAAAUCUACCAGUAAUUUGAAACGUAAACGUCGGGUAAACAUCGAAAAAAGCUUGAAGAGAAAUGAAAAGAAAAUGAAUGUAAAAGAGGAUAUAUAAAACUGUUGGAAUGUUUCAGCACGUUAAUAAACACGUUCAGUUGUUAUGAAUGCACGGCAUGGCUUUUAUUUUCCAAUAUCAUGUUGCUAGCGAAAUCCAAUGAACGCUUUAUAUCAACUUCUCUUGGUUAUGGUCGUUUGGUAUAUUCUUAUCUUUCCAUUGUUCUUCUUUCUACGUAUUGUGUUUUUUAAGCAGUUCCACAGUUGAGAAAAAAAUAUUCACGGAUUAAAAGUAUUAUUUCUUCAACAUUUUCGAUGCGAUUGCGAUAUUACUCCAUUAUUUGAUACAAAAUCUGGAACAUUUCUAUACUAAAUAGCAAAAUUUUCAUUACCAUGGCCAAAAUAGAAUCAUUGUAUGGCCAAAUUAGAAAUGAUAUGGCCAAAAUAGAAUCAAACGUAGAGGUUGCUAAAUAACGAAUAAGUAAUAAUAAAACCUUGUUUUUUCUCAUUUUCUUGAAUAAAUAGCAAGAACUAAUCUAGCAAAACCAGUGGACAUCAUUUUAUUUGAGUUUGAAUGCAAAAAACCGUAUUUAUUCAAUCAAAUCUCUUCAUGCUGUGCAUAUUGUGGCCAAAACCGGCGCUUCUACCCUAGGUUC